UUUGUUUCAGGCAGGAUGACUAUCAACAGAACACCGUCACAGCGUUGCCCUGUAGUGACCCGGAGGAAAGAAGAAUGCCAGUCCACAUUCUGGAGGUCCACACAGCAACCAGUUUCCCAAUGGAACAGAUCUCUGCUAUGUUGGCACUCGCCUAGAGGAGCAAUGGCUGGGAGAGGAAGAGGCAGAGGCAGGGGUCAGGUGACCUUCAACAUCGAGGCUCUAGGGAUUGGAAAGGGGGAUGUCCUUCCUCCACCCACCCUGCAACCCACCCCACUGUUCCCACCCAUAGAGUUCAAGCCAGUGCCGCUGCAGCCAGGAGAGGAGGCUGAGUACAUGCUGGCACUGAAGCAGGAGCUGCGCGGAGCCAUGAAGAACCUGCCCUACUUUGUCAAACCUGCAGCCCCAAAGAAAGAUGUGGAACGUUAUUCAGACAAGUACCAGAGUUCAGAGCCCACCGACAAUACCAUUGAAUGGAAUCCAGAUUGGAGAAGGCUGCCCAGGGAGUUGAGAAUUCGGGUGAGAAAGCCCCUCAAGGAGAAGGCUCUAGUUGAUGUCCCCAGACGCAAGCAGCAGGCUCGCGUUGACAAGGAGGAGAUCAUCCGCAAACUGGAGACGCUGGAGAAGAAGGAGGAGGAGAGCUCAGAGGAAGAGGACGAGGAGGAGAAGACGAAGAAGAAGAAGCAGGAGGAUGAAGAGCAGGAGAACGAGGAGGAGUACGACGAGGAGGAGUUUGAGGAGGAGACGGACUACAUCAUGUCCUACUUCGAUAACGGGGAGGAGUUUGGAGGAGACAGUGAUGAUAACAUGGACGAGGCUAUCUACUGAAGCCCCAUCCCUGCAGGAGUGCUGCCGCCCUGCGAUUAGAAAGCACAGACAUUACCCCUGCUCUGCAGUGCUGGGCAUGUCCGCAGCAGAGCUCCAAGGACACGGGGCGUUAGGGACCAAAGAACUCUGAGGACAGCCUGGUUCUUGUGUUGGUAUGUUCCUCUUUUAUAAUGAGUUCCAGGACACAUGACCUUACCUUGGCUGUAACUCGACCACAGCUGCGUUUGUUUGUUAUGAUUUUAAUGGUGUUUUUAUCGACUUUUUUAUGUGCAUGACUUUUAGCCAGGACUUCAGGGUAAGCACCCAUUGCUCUUGUAUGAAAAUGCCAGGGGUUCAACAGGAUGUCCCUCCAAAGCAUCUGCCGGAGGUUUGGCAUCGUGUUUGUGAUACAGAGCCGUCAACACACAGCAGCGCCUGGGUUCACUGGAGCCACCGCUCUCCUUUAUUAGCUUCUGCAAUCUGGCGUUUGCUUUCAUUGUGAUUUCUUUCAAUUUUAUUAAAUGUUGCGCUGUACCAAUUGUUAAUUAUGCCCUGAAAUUUCGAAUAGCUCUCUGGUGUUUUAGAGAAUAUACACCGUUUUCAUUUUUUUGUAUCUGUGCUACCUGUCUACUGAGUUUGGAAACUUAACCUAGAUAUAAAAAAAAAAAAAAAAAAAAAAUGAACAGAAAGGGAUUUUUCAGUAUGAUGAUUCACCACCAGAGGGGGCUACAGUGUAAGUGUUCAUACGCAGUCUUGUCUGUAAAUACAGUAUGUUAAUAUCUGUUUACAUCUGUGCUCCAAGAUCUGCUGGAGCUGUUCCCUGCUGUUAAACACCACCUAACAGCUGUCUGUAAAAUGUGAAUUUAAAGAAUUGUUUUAAACUGUUGGAUUUACAGUUUCAUGUUUUAGUAUUUUGUAAAGAAUAACACUUUGUGACUUAUCAGUUUUUUCUUUUUUUGAAGAAUAAACAAAAGAUACUGAA